AUGGCUUUGAAUUUUUCAAGAAGGCAGUGGUUGACGCUGAUCGUCAUAGGAAUUGCUGAUUUUUGCAACGCCAUUUGCGUCAGCUUGCAGGCACCAUUCUACCCACAAGAGGCUGAAAAGAAAGGAGCGACGGCUACGGAGUAUGGAUUAGUAUUCGGAGUAUUUGAACUUGUAGUAUUUAUAAUUAGUCCAGUGUAUGGUAAAUAUUUAAAUCGUAUAGGACCCAAAGUUUUGUUUAAUGCAGGCAUCUUUACGACGGGUACAUGUGCUAUAUUAUUUGGAUUUCUGGAGAGAAUUGAUGAUCAUAUACCAUUCAUAGCAUUGAGUUUCAUUAUAAGAAUAGUUGAAGCUUUGGGAAAUGCUGCAUUUCUCACAGCCUCUUUUGCCAUAAUUGCCAGAGAAUUUCCUGAUAAUGUUGCUACCACUUUUCUUAUCAGGCGUCAUUCCUUCUUUGGGCUAGGACUAAUUGUUGGACCAACAUUAGGAGGUGCCUUGUACUCAGUCGGAGGAUAUACCACUCCAUUCGCUGUUUUGGGUUCUGCACUCUUCCUGGCUGCCGUUAUGACUGCUUUGGUUCUUCCCAAACAAACGUCGGAAUCUGAUGUUACAGACCAAGGAUCAUCCAUGGUUAGUCUUCUACGUAUUCCUGCUGUAAUUGUUUGCGCUCUGAGCAUUGCUGCAACCAGUGUAUCAAUUGGAUUCUUAUCGGCAACAUUGGAACCACAUCUUAGACAAUUUGAAUUAUCGCCCAUUGUUUUAGGUAUGAUGUUUAUUGUAAACGGUGGAACCUAUGCUCUUACUGCUCCAGUUUGGGGAUGGCUGUGCGAUCGCGGUUUGAGACCAAAAACUGCUUCUUUGGCUGGAUGCAUUUUAGUUGCCAGUGGAUUUUCUCUUGUAGGACCUCUUCCAUUCUUGCCAUAUACUUCAUCUUUAACUACUAUAAUUAUCGGUCUGGUAAUUCACGGUUUAGGAAUAUCUGCACAAUUAGUAGCUUCCUUCACUGACGCUUUGAACACAUCAGUUGCUCGUGGACUUCCCAACAACAUUGAAACUUACGGCUUAGUUUCUGGUUUAUGGACAAGUACUUUUGCCUUAGGAGCAUUUGUUGGUCCUUCUGUGAGUGGCGCUCUUUUCGACAGUAUUGGCUUCAGGAAUUCUACAUUGUUCGUCAUAGGUCUACAUGGAUUUGUAGCUAUCACCUUGAUUGUAUUCUUGUGCCUUGAAAGAAAACAAGGACCAUACAAAGAAAUUCCACCAUCUGCAUGCAGAAGUACCACGAGUUUGUUAUUGAAUGAGAGUGGAUCAACAAGAAGGUAG